AUGUUGUUGGUGUACUUGAGUGAUCCUGGUUUGACUCACCAGAAAGCUGCAAAGAAAGUACUUACGUAUAUGCAACGCACCAAAGAUCUAGUACUUACAUAUUGGUGGUCUGACAUUCUUGAUGUAGUUGGAUAUUCUGAUGCAGAUUUUGCGGGUUGUUUAGAUGACAGGAUAUCUACUUCUGGUUAUGCUUUUAUGAUGACAGGAGGAGCUGUUUCUUGGAAAAGUGUCAAACAGACACUUACAACUUCCUCUACAAUGGAGGCACAGUAUGUAACUUGUUAUGAGGCUACUUGUCAGGCUAUAUAG